CUAUCCUAGGGUUACGUCGACGGUCUCCGCCCCGCGCGCGGCUCCCGCGAACCUCGGCCCCACCGUCGUCGCGCGCGUCGAUCGGAUCGUUCGCUCGGGGAGCUCGCCUCGGGCGCCGUCGGGUCCCGGAGCCGCGGUGGCGGGCGAUGGUCGGGUCAGGGGGCAAGCAUGCCGCCGGCGGGAGCGGCGCAGGGGAGAGGCGCAGGUACCCGAUCCGCGCCGAGGACUACGAGCUGUACGAGGAGAUCGGCCAGGGCGUCAGCGCCAUCGUCUACCGCGCGCUCUGCAAGCCGCUCGCCGAGACCGUCGCCGUCAAGGUGCUCGACUUCGAGCGCACCAACAGCAACCUGAACAAUAUCAUGCGUGAAGCUCAGACAAUGAUUCUUAUAGACCAUCCUAACGUCGUUAGGGCACUCUGCUCAUUUGCAAAUAACCAAACGUUAUGGGUAGUUAUGCCGUACAUGGCUGGAGGAUCUUGUCUUCACAUAAUGAAAUCAGUCUACCCAGAUGGUUUUGACGAAGCUGUCAUUGCAACAGUGCUCCGUGAAGUUCUAAGAGGUUUGGAAUAUCUUCAUCAUCAUGGGCAUAUACAUCGUGAUGUCAAGGCAGGAAAUAUCCUAGUCGAUUCUCGUGGUGGAAUUAAGCUUGGAGAUUUUGGGGUUUCUGCUUGCCUUUUUGAAUCUGGUGACAGACAGCGGGCUAGAAAUACUUUCGUGGGAACUCCUUGCUGGAUGGCACCAGAGGUAAUGGAGCAACUACAUGGAUAUGAUUUCAAGGCAGACAUAUGGUCCUUUGGAAUUACUGCACUUGAACUUGCCCAUGGUCACGCUCCUUUCUCAAAGUAUCCUCCCAUGAAGGUCUUGCUUAUGACGCUUCAAAAUGCUCCCCCUGGUCUUGAUUAUGAGAGAGAUAAGAAAUUCUCAAGGCACUUCAAGCAAAUGGUAGCUAUGUGUUUGGUAAAAGAGCCUUCAAAAAGGCCGACUGCAGCAAAAUUGCUCAAGCAAUCCUUUUUCAAGCAAGCUCGUUCCCAUGAUUACAUUGCUCGAAAGCUUGUGGACGGAUUGCCUGGCCUUGGUGCCAGAUAUCAAGCUUUGAAGGAAAAGGAUGAACAUUUACUUGCCCAAAAGAAAAUGCCUGAUGGUAGAAAGGAAGAAAUCUCGCAGGAUGAAUACAAAAGGGGUAUCAGCAGCUGGAACUUUGACAUUGAUGACCUGAAGUCUCAAGCCUCACUAAUUUCAGAGUGUGAGGACACAAUAUCUUCUAAAGAUACAGAUAUAUCGUCUAUCUAUGACUUCGACACCAGCUUGCAGGAGCAAGGACACGAAGGAUCUCUUUUUUCAAUGAAGUAUGAUACCGAUAUCGAAAAUGAUGUCAUGGCCAAUGAUAAGUCAGCUGUUUCAUCACCCGAACAGUCUGUUUGUCUAUCAAGGGCAUCUCUGUGUGGAACUUCAAACGGAGUACUGGUAAAUGGCCAUGUCGGGAAACUUAACUCCAUGGAAAGCUGUGAUUUGGACUUGCAAGAGAAAGAUUUGGAUGCUAUUCCAACAAGCUCGUUUCAGGAAAGGAAGUUUUCUUUCAGUUCUUGCUCAUCAGAUGGUUUUCUUUCUUCCAAAGAGAGUUCUUUCAGCUCUAAGCCGCAAAUCAACAUUCAUAACCGUGACAAGGGUAGCGGAGGGGUCUUGCAAGUAGCAGACGAGCCAUCUCCUGAAGCUAUUUCUAAGGCACCUAAAUCAUCAGUAUCAAAUGUCGACGAACAUGAUGAUAGACCAAAACCUCCACUUAUACAGCAAAGAGGUCGUUUCAAAGUUACACCUGGGAAUGUCGAAUUGGAUAAGGCUCACUCACCUGGCCUACAUAAGAGUCACAGCACACAGACAAUUUCUCACCUUCCUGCAUUAAGCAUACCAUCUUCAGCUGAAGCUGCUUCAAGCAUUAUUGGUGGCUCCUUGUACGUCCAGUUAUACAGUGUUUUGCAGACAAAUAUGCUUCAGAGGGAACAGAUACUUCAUGCGAUGAAGCAGUUAUACAUUUCUGAUUCAAUUUCACCUGUUCGGAUGCCUUCGUUAAGUCGUUCGCCAUCUCAAUCAUCAGCUUUAUCGGUAGAUAGAUCCAUGUUGGAAGCUGCACAAGACAAGGAGAAGGAACUGAUCAAUGAAGUUCUGGAGCUGCAGUGGCGGUUAUUGUGUGCACAGGAGGAGGUGCAGAGGCUCAAAGCAAAGGCAGCCCAGAUCUGAUGACUGAAUGUGGUUGGGGUGCUGCUGCUUGAACUCCAAGCUGUGCAAGGAGGAUCAAGGACGCGUUAUCAUGUUAACAAAAGGAAUGUGUUCUACGUUAUCGUCUUCAAGUGGCUACUUAGGCAUAGGAAAGAAAACAACACCACGGAGAUUUAUACAGUGGGUUGCAAGCCUGCUGCAGCAAGGCAGCAGGGCUUCAGUUAUUAUAUUUUGUAUAAAAGAGUUUGUUAGUGUUAGUUACCAAAUUUUGUGCAUCCCACACUGAUGAAAGGGGAUAUGCCUCCUGUGCCACCCCUCAAAAUCAAAGAUAAAAAUGGCAUGGCGUGAUUUUUUGCCGGAACGCCAUUAUGCAAGGUUUUGAAAAAGACUCUCUAGCUUUCA